GUUUAGAUGAUCAACCAAAGGUGAAAGACGGACGGACGCGGAGAUAUUAUCCGCCAUUUGCAUUUUAAUUUGGCGGCCUAUAUUUCAAAUUCCGUCAAACAAGGACGAAGAGUCGCCGAGGAAUAUUGAAUGCCCCCCAGUAGACGGUUGAUUGACCAUGGAGUCUGGGGUGAGGAAAAGUCCGCGGCGUGCGGCGGCGGGGAAGAAGAAACAAGGACAGGUGGUGUGGUCCAUCGUCAAGUCACAGUUCCAGGCCCUGUGUAAGACUCUGAGUGGAUCUAGUGUAGACUGCCUAGUGUUGACCAGUCAUAACUACCAGUACUGCGGAUCUGCUAGAGGCACUAAGUUCCUACAGGAUAAGAUCGCUUUGGUUGAUGGGGUGGAUCUCAAAGUGAAAGGAGGUUCCCCUACUAAGGGAGAUAAAUCCAAGAUUGUCUGGGAAGUAGUGGAACAGCAGUUUGAAGCCUUGGUGAAGUCGCUGCUGGACUUGGGGGUGGAGACCGUGAUACUGACCAGUCACAUGACCAAGGACACAGGGUUCUGUGGAUCACCCCGGGGGAUACAGUUUCUGAAGGACAACCCCAAACUGGGACAGUACUUCACAGCUUACUGUGCCGGUAAUGACUUAAAGAAAGCACAAGUUCCAGAGAAGUCAGUCCUGACAAGCUGGUUUUCACUUUUCAACGAAGAAAACAAAGAAGAAGAGGAAGGAGAAGAUGAAGAUGAUGAUGCGGAAGAGGAAGAAGAGAAACCUGUGGAAGCCACACCCCAGAAAAGGGGGCGGGGCAGACCUCGACUGACCCCUAAACCCACACCAAGCCAGGAUACCCCUAGUCAGGAAACGCCGGCCAAGUCAGACGAACCACCAAAACGAGGCAGGGGACGACCCAAGAAAAACCCUGACGAUGCUGCCACGCCUGUCAGGAAGAAGGAAGCUGCUACACCCAAAGCUAGUAAAGAAGUGGGCGAUAAAACUGCCGUGGAGAGUCCUGCUGAAUCUGGAAAGACCCGGCGUGGAACGAGGGUGACGGACCUGAGGACCAAGCUGGAUACAACGGUGGAAGAAUCACCCGGUGGAGAAAGGAAAUCCGCGCGGAAGAAGACUGUGUUCACGUGUGAGGAGUGUAAGGAGACAUUUCAGAUGGAAUACCUGUUACUGGUUCACAAGAAGAGGUGCAAAAGAGAGUCUCUUUUGAUGUCGCCCCCAAAAUCAACAAGGAAGACGCCAGCAAAAACUAGUCCGCAGAAAAAAGCUGGGUCAGCCUCAAAGACAGCUCCUGUUGCCAAAGCUGGGGAGGGAAAUCAGGGUAAGGAACCUGAAGGAUCUGAAGAAGUAGGUCUAUUGCCUGGGACAACAAGCACUGUGGUAUUGUCAGGAACGUCUGCUAUACUGAUUACAGAGAGUAUGGCAGACGUGUUACAGGAAGGAAUAGUGGCAGCAGAGGCUUUGAUGGAACAGGGUGCAGAAGUGGAGCAAAGUGAAGGGACUUUGGUACAAAGUGGAGAGAAUGUGGAACAGGGUGGAGAGAAUGUGGAACAGGGUGGAGAGAAUGUGGAGUUAGACCAGGGAAAAUCAGAGGAAGGAGGUGGAGGAGGAGAUGGAUCUCAGACAGACAAAUCUAUGAACGCUGAAGUCAAAGACGAGGAACAUGAGGAAGAGAUGGAAGAGGAGGAAGAUGCCGAGGAGGAUGAUGGCGGGGAGUGGAGGCCUACUCACUCGGACUCUCCACCAGCCAAGCGGCGAAGGGGGCGAGGACCCAGCAGAAGGGCACUGGCGAUGAUUCAGGAUGAUGAAGACGAUGAAGACUACAAGGGAUCAAAGAGAAAGAGGAAGAUUCUACUCAACAUGAAACAGGCCAUCAAAGUCUUAAACUUGACCCCUAAACGAAAGGUCGAUCCCGAGACCGUUGUUGCUACAACUAAUGAAGUUAUUGAGACAAUGGAUGCAGCAACUAUUUUGAAUUCCCUUGGAGUGGAAGAAGAGAACCCACCAACGGAGGCCCAACAGGAAGUCCCUGCGGAGGGAGAACAGGUCAACGAAGCCUCGAGUCAGCUGCCACAGAAUGAAAACCAAGCAGGGCAGGAAAAUGGGGACCAGCCAAUGGAGGGAGAGGAAACGAAAGUGAAAGAAGAGAUUCAAGAGAAGACUCCGCUGAAGGUCGUGUUGGAGUCGGUGCCGUCGGACGAGGAGAGAGAGUUAUCGGAGGCUGAUUAUCUGGACGUGGCGGAGAUAGAGAAAAUGGUGGACUUGACCUCAUCGGACUGCGCCAUCUGUGGAAUGCAUUUCAAGGACCCCAAGUAUAUGAGGAAGCACCUGAUCACCCACUCGGGCCAGAAGAACUAUGGCUGCAGCGUGUGUAAGAGGAAGUACAUGCGACGCUACGACCUCCACCAACACCUGAUCAGGAUGCACGGCUGGAUCAAGCUGGGGCGGGGCCAGGUCGUCGAGUCCGUGGACGAAAACUACGAGCCUCCACCCACUCCACUGAUGGAGACAAAGCCCAUGGUAGACACGGAGGGGCAUGAGGAGGACAGUCAGGACAGCUCAAUGACGGGCGACAUCCUGGAGGAGGGUGAGGUCCGCGACAUUGGCAUGAAGAACGACUCGUUCGACGCCAGUCUGAUGGACCCCGACCACGUCAUCUACGACAAUCGCCACAAGAUGGUGGGCGACCACAAAUGCCAGUUCUGCCCUAUCACUGCCAACUCGUUGCUCGAGCUCGACGUACAUCUCGAGGCCGAGCACUACAUGCAUGACCCGUUUCCGUGUCGCUUCUGUCCAACACGGUUCGAUAAGUACACGAAGCUCCAGCGACACGUCACGGCGACGCACCCGGGGAAGAGGUUUGGGUGUAGUGUGUGCGGCAAGCUGUUCAAGUAUUACUACACCAUGAAGGAGCAUGAGAAGAUACACACGGAGGAGAAGGCCUGGCUCUGUGACUUCUGUGGCAAGGGAUUCUCCCUACAGAAGUAUCUAAUUAAACACAAGGAGAGACAUGAGGCCAUUCCUGUGGAUGAGAGCGGGAGUCACAAGUGUAAAUACUGCGACAAGAGCUUCACAGAGGUCAAGUUGUAUCAGAUUCACAUGCGGAGCCACACAGAGGUUCCAGACCGCGUCCACCAGUGUACCAUGUGUCCGAAGCGGUUCUUCAAGAUCACCCACCUGAAGCGUCACGUGAUGACCCAUACAAAGAUCAGGAUGUACGAGUGUAUGGAGUGUCCCAAGUCCUACAAAGACAAGGACACUCUGAGGAAACACGUCAAGUUCUGCCACCCCCCAGAGGGGGACGAGUUGGAGGAGUUCCAGUGUGAGCACUGUGACAAGAAGUUCUACAACAAGGGUCACCUCAAGAGACACAUGGUCAAACACACAGGAGAGAGACCCUUUGUUUGUCCACACUGUGCUAAAGGAUUUGGAGAGAAGAAGAGUCUGGAAAACCACAUCCGAAUCCACACAGGUGAGCGGCCAUAUGAGUGUAAGGACUGUGGCAAGCGCUUCAUCCAGCUCUCCCAUCUGAGGAGGCACAAAUAUCUCCACACACAGAUCCGCAAUGAGGAGUGCACGGAGUGUGGUAAGCGGUUCUUUGAGAAGGCCGACCUCCAGAAACACAGUCGUGUCCACAGCAAGGAGCGACCGUUCAAGUGUGACCUCUGUCCCAUGUCCUUCACCCAGCAGAACAUCCUCAAGUGUCACCGGCGCCGACACACCGGCGAGAAACCCUACGUUUGCGAUAUCUGUGACCGCGCCUUCACUCAGAUGGGAGCCAUGCAGUGUCACCGCCGGCUCCACACGGGGGAGCGGCCCUACAAGUGUAAGUUCUGUGGACUGGGAUUUGUCAGCAAGGAGAGGAUGAAGUUCCACACCUACAUCCACACAGGACAGAAUCCUCACAUCUGUCAUAUCUGUGGCAAAGGAUUCCGGCUGAAAUUCAAGCUUCAGAGUCACCUUGACAAUCACGACGGGAUAUACCGCCACCAGUGUGACUACUGCAGUAAGGGGUUCCUGGAGAAAGCCAAGCUGAACCGCCACAUCAAACAGAUCCACAUGCAGGAGACCACGCCGGUCAGAACCACCAAGAUAUUGUCACUAGAGGGUCCAAACAUCCAGACGAUAGAGGAGGACGGAGUGAUCACGGUCAUCCACACCCCGGCGUCCUCGGUCAGCGAGAACAACAUCGUCCAGUACAUCCCCGUGUCCACCGCGGAAGGUCACGACCACCAGGUCACUGAGGAGGUCGUGGAGACCCACGUCACGAUUCCGUUUGAGAUCAACAACGAUGGCCAGCCGAUGGAGACAAACUCUGCGGUGUCCACGAUCCAGUUUGAGGCGGACGGGGAAGCCGCUCAGGCGACGGCGGCGAAUCUCGCAGCGCUAUACUCAGGGGAGGCCACUCACAUCACUAUGCCUUCCGACAGCAUUAUUUACCAGGGCGACGAGAAUGGGGAGGAGGUUGUGUAUGUGGUGAUCCCCGAGGACAAUCAGACCGUCAUACUGUCCUGAGGACAGAAUUAGAGGACAAGGUGGGAAGACAACAACUGUGGGAGGACAACAAUGAUGAGGAUAACAUUGUCUUGCAUUUGAUUCCUUGCUAAGGGACUCAAGCAAUGAGGACAGUCUGUGAGGACAAGAACUUGUGUCAGGGCAUAUUUCUAUAUUUUGAUUUCUUGUGUAGGGACAACAUCUUGUGUAGGGACAUUAUCUUGUUUUAGAACAACCCUCAAGCAACAUGAGCAAUAUGGACAUCAUUUUCAUUAGUUAUGUAGAACAAAAUCUUGACGUGCAAGAAGAUCAUUUUCCUGCUUUUGGUUUUAAGGGUGGUGAAAAGAGUCCUCAAGCAAAGGUGGACAACAUUUUGAUUUAUACUCUUGGUUGUAAGUUUCUUGGAUGAAAAAAAGCAUCAUGUUGGGAGGGCAAAUGAAAACAAAUAUUUAAAGUCAUCAGUGUCUUGUAAUUACAAUCAAAUUGUUGUCUUGAGUUAAAGCAGAAUUCAAGUGGACAUGAAGACUCUUCUUUUUAUCACAAUGUGCAUUAUUUUGAUUUUUACCAGGAUAUUAUUUAGAAGUACAAUUUUAAUGUAGGAGAAUCUUUUUACAUGUUAUAUGUUACAGAUGUCCGUUGGUUCAAGCAUGUAGAUCUUCUAGUAAUGUUGGUUGUUAUGUAUAGUGCAGUUAAAAUGGUCCUUAGGGUGGAAUAACACACCUGGAAAUAGUCACUCAAAUUAACAGUAUUUUUUUCUUUACUAUGAAAGAUAUAAUGAUAAAUGAUCUGUUCAUAUGUCAAAUAAGCGAAAAAUUUGCAGUUUUCGGAUAAAAAAUGAAUAUCUUAAAAAUUCAAUUCAGUAAGUAUCAACAAAAGCCCCUGUGGAAUUCAAACUUGGGAUGUACGAAUCACAAGCCCGACACUUUAUCCACUCAGUUAUGGAGCAAGUUGCUGUCAAUAAAAUUCUUUUAAGAAAACAAAAUCUCAUUUCGAUCAGAGGUCAGCCAUUUUAUGAUGAUGUGUUAUUCCACCUUAAUUCUGAAAUACAUGUAUUGUAAAAGAAAGUUAUCAACACAUCUAAUGGAGUCAUUUGAAAAAGGACAUUUUUCACUCAGGGAUAAAAUGUAAAAUUUUCUUUGAAAAUAAUAGAUUUUUACUAAUGUCCAGUGAAAUAAUAACAAGGGUUAAUUUGAUUCAAAAGAUGUUUUUGCAAUGCUUUUAUCUUCCUAUAUAUAUAGUAGGCUCUUGUUCUAACACGUCUAAUUUAAUGAGCUUGAAUAAUGUUUGUUUUAUAAACUUUACAAAUUCAUUUGGUAUGUUUCACUGUUAUACAAAUUAUGAAUGCUGUUAUCUCCUUAAUAUUAUUGGUUGGACUUUUUUUUGAAGAAAUAAAUAAAAUCUGUGAAAGAUAUUUUAGAA